GCAGAAGCAUGGUGGUGGAGGAAAUCACUAUUACACUCUCCGGUGGAGCACCAUGGGGCUUCAGACUUCAGGGGGGAGCGGAGCACCAGAGACCCCUGCAGGUUGCCAAGCUAUUUCCCUGUUCUGAUAUAUAGGUGCGCAAGCGGAGCAAGGCAUGCAGGGCAGGCCUGCGAGAGGGGGACGAGCUAGUGUCCAUCAAUGAGCGCUCCUGUGAACAUAUGUCCCAUGCUCAGUCCAUGAACUUUAUUGAUAGCAUCCCUGGAUCGCUGCGCAUUCGGGUAAAGAGGGCACCGGCUGGAUUCCAGUCGGUGGUUCUGGUGGCUCGAGCCCCUUCUCCCCGCAUUGAUAAAGAGUACCGCGCUGCCCUAAGGGACAAAUCCCCAUCCAGCUCCAAAGUGCAGCAAUCAAGUGUUCGCCAUCCUAACUACAGUUCACCAACAUCUCACUCUGCCCGCAGUGGCGUCACCUCUCCUUUCGGCAGUGAGGCCUACUAUGGAGAGACAGACAGUGAUGCAGAUGUGGCGGCCCAAGUCCGUCACCGUAAGCCAAAGCGCCGCAGCCCCACUAACUCCCCAGGAAAAGCAGGCUACACUUCUCCUGAAAUGGGAGAAGCUUCUGAGAUGAGUGGAUAUGACAGUGCACCAGAUGUCCAGGGCUUCACUAGAAUUGGGCAUGGCUUUCAGGAGGGGACCCUACCUGGUGUUGUUCGCAGAGAAGUUGUGUACCAGCCCCCUCCACCGGGAACCUGGUCUUCCCAGACUUCCACUGAGACAUCGUCCAUGAGUGCAGAUGAGCAGAGUUCUCAAGACCUGGUUUUAGAGGAGGACAGUGGGUUCCAGGAGCCUACUAAUGUUCCACUGGUGUCUCCAGAGAGAGCGAAGGGGGCACUAAGGCUCAGCUCCCAUGGUCAGUUGGUUCCCAUGGUGGGACCAGUCGAUAACCCAGUGGACGAGGAGCUCACAAAGACCUACAUGGAUAAAGCAAAACAAGCGAAACUAAACCGUGGUGACACAAUGCAAGACAAGCAAGUGAAGGAGGCCCGCAAAAAGUGUCGCACCAUUGCAUCUCUGUUGACUGACGCACCAAACCCCCACUCCAAGGGUGUCCUUAUGUUUAAAAAACGCCGCCAGCGCUCUAAGAAGUACACACUGACCAGUUAUGGCAGUGUUGAUGAGGACAUGCAACAAGAUUCUCAAGAGGAGGACAGCAUCUUCCUUGGAAGUGAAUCUGAGUUGGAUGAGGAGGGAUUCAGUGCAGCACCUGAUCCCACAUGGGACAGUGACUACCUGGAUAUUCUGGAGAAAAGAUCAGCAUCUAGAGGCCUGGAAGAAAAAGAAGCAGAGGAUUUUUUAAACACUGGCCUGAGUGACACCACAGGGAAGGGGGCAAAAUUGUUUGAUCAGCAGAGGAGAAGAGCUAAGGAGCAUGACAAGAAGACUUCUCUUGCUCAGGCACAACAGAGUCUGAUGCAGAGUCAAUCUCAGCCCGAAAGCCAAACACAAGUAAUACAGACACAACCAUCACAUUUUUCGGUACCAGUGAAAAAACAAGUGAGACUCUGUGUUCAGCCACCACCAGUUGCACCAAAGCCCUCCAUACCACCCGAGCUGAUAAGGCAAGAGGAGGGUACUACCAAAACACAAAUGACCGGAUCCCCACCUCAAACAAUUCCUUUAGCCAUGAAUAUACAUACUGCCAGCAUAACAAUACCAGGCCCUACCCAGGUGAAUUUAACAAACCAACCAGUAAAUGCUGCAUUGGCAAAGAUACCUCCACCAGCAGCUACUCUGCCUGAGGUGCCUGCUAGCUCUGUGUUGAAUCGCACAGCUCGUCCAUUUGCCCCUGGGUUCAUCAGCCACAGAGCAGCCACAGUACCAGUUGUGUUUCGCCCUAACACUACUAAAAAGACUCCCAGACCAGUCUCAGUGGCAGUGAUGGCUCCUCCUUUCUCAACACCAUCUGAGGACAAAGUUAUAGUUCUACAUCCUGCUAGUUUCACAGCAAGCCAGAUGAGUGCUACUGUUCCCUCUGAGAUAUCGUCCACAUUAGUCCCUGUGCCCACAGAGCCUUCUUCAUACCCCGCUAUACCAGAUCCUGCAGCCUCCCUUACUUUAAAUUCACCCACAAUGGAAAAAUGUCAGCCUUCUAUUACUCAAACUACAGUGUCUGAUUCUUCUGUUCCUGCCAUUGUCAUUGCAGCUGCUCCUCGUGUUAGUUUCACAGAUCCCACUAUUAUAACCUCCACUGCAUCCUUUCAGUCCACUGUCCCUGAGUCUCCCAUGACGUAUGUUGCCCCUGUGAAUUCAAAAGUUCCUGCAACUCAUGUGACGAUUCCUGUAUCUGGUGGAAAAACUGGCAUCCUUCAAGAGGCUCGCCGCCGUAAUGCAAAUAAACCAAUGUUCAAGGUGUUCGAGAUAAAGAACAACUCACCCAAUCCUGAACUGCUGUCUAUGGUGCAGAAUUUAGAUGACAGACAUAAGCAACCAUACACAGAGCCUGUCGAUAUCAUCCAGGAUUCAUUCAACUUUGAUGAAAGGAGGGGACGAAUUGCACCACCAGUGGCUCCUAAACCACGCAUUAUCCCGGAAAUGUCUCCGAUUCCUCAGGCAGAGGGUAAAGGUGCUGAGCUAUUUGCACGAAGACAGAAUCGCAGAGAUCUCUUUGUGAUCGAUUCUCCUCCUUCACACGUUCAGCAUCAGCAUGCACAGCCCCAGCCUGCUAUGACUAUGAGCCAUCCAUGUGAGACUUCACCCUGGAAGUACUCUCCAAAUGUCCGUGCUCCCCCACCCAUCGGGUACAACCCUCUCCUGUCCCCUUCUUGUCCCUUGAGUUUACAGCAUGGAGGAGCAAAAAGUUCUGAAAAAACCUCCAAGGUAGGUAAAAGUGGUCAUGGAAUCCAGAAGGAAGGCAUCAAGGCAAUAGACUUUAUGAGACGGCAGCCUUAUCAACUCAACUCGGCCAUGUUCAGGUUUGGAGGUAACUCCGGUGCACAGUCCUUAGGUCCCUCCUACCAGAGGCAGUCACAGGUGGGCCACACCUUAACCCAACCCAGGCAAGUACCUGUUAAGGCAGCACGUGUGUAUGAGAUCAAACGAUUUUCUACUCCUACUCCUAUGUCAGCUCCAACGAUAAACCCCACAGUGAUAGUGCAACGUUCACAAACCACUCUGGCUGAACCCCUGUGUCGCACUGACAUGGUCUCUCCUACACCAGCACCUGUUUCCCCUCCACCUCAGCCUACAUCCGUGUCUGCACGAGCUCCAGGUUUGCCAGAACUUCCUAACCUCUCUGCCACUCCCAUAUUUCUUCCUACUCCAUACUCACCACCAUCUUCUCUGUCCGGUAUGUCAAGCUUAAGUGGCCAAGGUCUCCAAAAUAACAAACAGUUCAAGAGUGCUCCUGAGCUUAGUUUCCUGCCACCAAUUCCCCAAAAGCCUGCAGUCCAGGCACCCAAGCCACACUUUAUUGCUACACGGGGGGGCAUACAGCCUCAUGUCUGGAGGCCUGGAGCUCUGCAUAAAUGAGUAAAACACUAAAGAAAUAAUGAAAAUGAGUCCUUAUUAUUUUUUUAUAAAAAAUAGAAAUAUUAGUAUCAGCUACAGAUAUUUGGCACAGGAGAACAACAGUAGGUUUAUAUAGAGCAAAAUGAAAAAGACAAAACUUUAAUAAUUGUGGCAAAAAUUGUCUGCAUAUCAUCCUGCCUUGUCAUUCUGACCUGCCUGACCCCACUAUUGUCUAGUGGUUGAAUGGGCAAAUCCUCACCUCCAAGUUCCAAAAUCAAGUGGAAAGCCUUCCUGGAAGAGUGGAGAAUAUUAUAACAAGUGGGGACUAAACCUGUAGUGUGUUGUUCAUCUGACACAUAUAGGUGUGAUAGACAGGUGUCCACAAACCUAUGUCCAUAUAGUAUAUUUAUUAAUGACCGUGUUUAAAAGCAUUUACAUUUGAGUAUUUUGACAUGUCUGAAACUGAAUUUACUAUAUGUUUACAAAAAGGAAGGAAAGAUUUGCUUUGUUAUUAUUAGAUGAUCGUAUUAUCUAAUAGCUUGUGUUAGCGGUUUUUACAGUGUUUUGAUCAGAGAAAAGAAAGAUUAUUAGGGAAAUGCAAAGCACCAAGUACUGAGAACUGUGAGAAGAAAUACAGAUUGCAGAUAAGGUACUGAAAAACAGCACAUUCAAUAUCAAAUCUGUUGCUACUGGCACCCAGUAAAUAGAACUACCAAAUAAAUAAUUAUUGUAUGCUAUUAUUUACAUUUUAAGCUAACUCUGGGGGGGGGGGAAUGUUUACCUUUUUCUAAAGAUGAUCAUGGUUGUUAACAGAAAGAAAGGGGACCACAAACAUAUUAAAAGUCCUUAUACCCACUAUAAAAUACAGUGAAGGAUCAUUGAUGCUUUCAUGCUGUUUUAGUGUAUAGCAAGUGGUCCAGUGAAAUAUCUCACUCACUGUGUCUGUUAUUCAUUUUAUAACUUCAUUUUGCUGAUUAUCAUGAACAUUGCCCAAAUAUUCUGAAGUGGAUUGUAUCUGUUGGGAACUACAUGCUUAAAUAAAGUUUCUAAAUGAAUUGGGACUGCUACUGUACAUGCUGGGCAAAGGAAUAAGGUAUUCUGGACCCCUGCUUCUCAUAAACCAAUCAGAAAUUAUAUCUGUCCUGGCAGAGCCUGGAAGGAACAGGUGCAUGAGUGUCACAGCCUAUUUGUGGGAGCAGCAGCAAACCAAGAUCAUCCAAAUGGGCUCUGACUCUUAUGUUUCAGACACAUUCUAAUAAACAAAUAAAACAAAUGUAUUUAUUUAUCAUACCACGGUAAAAGCUCAAACUAGCAGUUUGUUUUAAGGUUAUGUUGGGCAAGACAAUCCAUCAGGAUGGGUAUGAAGGCCGUUUCUGUUUUUUAUAUAUAUAUAUAUAUAUAUAUAUAUAAAAUUACAUGCAUACUGACCAUUCAACAGGACUAAACACAUAAUUUAGUCUGAAUGGUAAUUAAGCAAUUUACUGGAAUCAGACUUAAUGAUCUUUUUGCCAGUCAUGUUGUGGUUGGGGUGAUGUGAGAUGGUGAUAAAUUCCCAGCUAGUUGAUUGUGAACUUGAAGUGACAUUUAAAUGUGUGAGCUUCUGAAGCCACUAGAGAGAAAGGAAAAGCAGAAAGCCAAGAUGAUCUGUUAUCAAGGGUUAUCAAGGCAGCACUGAAGGAAAAAUUAGCAAGUAGUACAAGAACUCAUUACAGGAGCAUAUUCUGAAUGUAUGAGAUGCUGAGAGAAUAUAAGAAAAUAUUACGUACUAUAGAUAAACCUUGUAUUUUUUUAAAUCUAUAUCUCAAGACAUUUACCUUUUAAUAGACACCAUGUUAUAAACUGUUGAUCAUGUCACACAUACAGUUUGUGAUUAUUUACUGCCUUCUUUUGAUUUAUGCACUCUUAUGCACGUUAGGCUUUAUAGGAAUAAUUGCACAAACAUUUCAUGAAUGUUCAGCAGAUAAAUUGUAGUAGACUGCAGUGUGGAUCAAAUUGUUUGUAUGUGGUAUGACAUUUGAUUAGUAGAAUCUUGGGUGUGUGUAUAUGUGUGUGAGAGAGAGGAAGUUUGCACAGGCACGUACCGAAUUCAUUUAUUAAGGUCUGAAUUACCUGAGAUGAAAAUGUAUUUUUCAAGAAAUAAAAA